UUUUUUUUAAGUCAAAGAAACAGAUAUAUUUUACAAAUAUUACACAUUUAAAUAAGGUUUAUUAGACGCUGAUAAAAUGGCUCCUAGAUUAAUCAGAGAUUCCUUUGUAGGAAGACUAAUCUAUCACUUGACAAGUCACAAGUACUUCAACUAUCCUGAAGAACAACCAGGGUACAUUGUUCCUGAAAAGUAUUUGGCAGAAUCCAAACCUGAAUCUAACUUUGACAAAGAAGCAAUUGAGGUCGAUGCCAAUGCUCCUUCAAAUUCUUCAGUUGACAGUGAAGGUACUAAACAACCAAAUGAUGAUAUAAUUGUCACUUGGGAAAGUGAUGAUGAUCCCGAAAACCCCUUGAAUUGGCCAAUUGCCAAGAAGGCAUUUGUAAUUUUCCAAGUUUCAUUUUUGACUACUUCGGUUUACAUGGGUUCUGCCGUUUACACCCCUGGUAUUGAAGAAAUCAUGCAAGAGUUUAACAUUAGUGUUACUGUUGCUACAUUACCAUUAACCCUUUUCGUUCUUGGUUAUGCUGUUGGUCCAUUGGUGUUCAGUCCACUUUCCGAAAAUGCCGUUUUUGGAAGAACUUCGAUUUAUAUCUUAACCUUGGCCAUGUUUGUUAUUUUACAAAUACCAACUGCAUUGGUGCACAAUAUUGCUGGAUUAUGUGUCUUGAGAUUCUUGGCUGGGGUUUUUGCUUCUCCAUGUUUAGCCACUGGUGGUGCUACUGUUGCUGAUGUCUUGACACCUCCAUAUAUUCCUGUUGGAUUAGCCUCAUGGGCUUUAGGUGCUGUUUGUGGUCCUUCAUUUGGUCCAUUCUUUGGUGCUAUCUUGGUUACCAAGGCAAGUUGGAGAUGGACUUUCUGGUUUAUGUGUAUUCUUGCUGGUUUCUCUCUUUUCUUCUUGUCUUGGUCCUUCCCAGAAACUUAUGGUAAGACUUUGUUAUACCGUAAGGCCAAGAGAUUAAGAGGUAUUACUGGUAAUCAAAGAUUGAUUUCUGAAGGUGAAAUUGAAAAUAGAAGCAUGACCAUCCAUGAAAUUGCCAUUGACACUUUAUGGAGACCAAUUGAAAUCUUUAUCAUGGAACCAGUUAUCCUUAUGAUUAACAUUUACAUUGCUUUGGUCUAUAGUAUCUUUUAUCUUUUCUUUGAAGUUUACCCAAUCUUCUUCCAAGAAAUCAGAGGAUUCACUUUAAUUGAAUUAGGGUUGACUUAUUUCGGUACUAUCAUUGGUAUUUGGAUUGCCGCUGCUAUCUACAUCCCUAUUGUUCGUCAAGUAUUUACAAAGAGACUUCUUAGAGGUGAAGGUAUCCAACCAGAAGUAUUCAUGCCAUUGGCAAUUGCUGGUUCCAUCUGUAUGCCAAUUGGGUUAUUCAUUUUUGGCUGGUCUGCUACUCGUCAUACCCAUUGGAUUGGUCCAAUUAUUGGGGGUGCUAUUUUCGCUGCUGGUGGGUUUAUGAUUUUCCAAACCUUGUUUUGUUUCAUUGCCGGUUCUUUCCAAUACGUUGGUUCGAUUUUCGCUGGUAACAAUUUGUUCAGAUCAAUUACCGCUGGUUGUUUCCCAUUGUUUGGAAGACCAUUGUAUAACAACUUAGCCACUAAGGAAUUCCCCGUGGCCUGGGGUGCAUCGCUUUUAGCAUUUAUUGCGCUUGGUAUGAUUGCCAUUCCUGUUUUGUUCUACUUGAAUGGUCCAAAGUUGAGAGCUAGAUCUAAGUAUGCUUUACACUGGGGUUAAAUGGUAAAUAAUGGGUGAUCUUGUUUAUAGUUGGUUUUUCAUGAUUUUUGAUUUUGUUUUGUUUUGUUUUUUUUAAUUUUAGUUCAAUCUAGAUUUAAUAGAUUAAUUAGUAAUGUAUUUUAAAUUUAGCAUGUUUGGUUAU